UGGUGAAAAAAAAGAAAGGUUGAAUUUAGCGAGAUGGACACUUCCAGUGGCAACGACAUCGCGGUGCCGCCAUACGAAUCCAAUCCGAUUCAGAACUAUAGGUGGCUAUUGUAUUAAUUGUAGUAUAGAAAAGUUGGAUCUUUAAUACGUUUUCUUCUAUGAUUCAAGCGGCUAUGGUUUGUUAAGCACAUUGCUCAUCAGUCGGCUCGUUUUAGAGCGAUAUUUCCGAUUGCUGCUUCCCUCCCACGGUGAAGCAGCGCUACCGAUGCAUCAGCAACAUGCGUCGACUUCGCCAAAAAAGGGCGACAAAGAUGUGCCAAUCCUGCUGUGCACACGAGGCGUCCACCGCCGCCGUGCCAGAAGCUGAGCGCAUCUCUCAGAGUGCCGAAACCUGCGUUCUUCGCCCCAUAGCAGUCGUUCCCAGCCAGACUGCAAGCACUGUUGCAGCCUCGAGCACAAGUUUCCCCUCGCCUCCGCCGUCCCCGGCAAUCCUUGGUGUCCCAUUUGUGUGUCCCAGUGGAUUGCCAGACGAGGCGUCAGAUGUGCUUGACUCAGAAUCCACAGUGCCACCUAGCCGCCUGAGGGAACAGGUACAUGGUGGCCUAAAAUCAAAACCAGUGCCUCUGUCUCAUCUUCCAAACAGUGAGGCGGCAUUUCCUGUUGAGUGGGUUGGCGAGUCUGCGGCGUCAUAUGCCGUCGCGUGGACAAGGACACAAGGCGACAUAAAAUCGGAACCAAAGUCAUCAAGCCAUCGCUCCAAGAGCAAGGCAGUCUCUCCUUUCAAGUGCAUUGAUUCUGUCGACGCUGUUAGCCUGCCACUGUUGAGUGCAGUACCUUCCUCAAGUUUGCCAGGUGCUGCCAACACUGAUCUCACUUUGCUCGUCGAGCCAAGCCCACCGAAUGGCCACUGCACCCCUUCGGUGACCCCCGUGCAAAAAAAGCUUGCUGCGAGAACUUCACCACAUGGAAGUCGAGACUGCGCAGGCGAUGGGUGCACCGACAGUGACGAGUCGAUGACCAUUGCCUCGACACCCACGGUCAGUGAGUCCGAUUCGGAGUCUGGACUCGACUCAGAUUCCGGCAUCAACGAGGGUGCUCCUAGCAAUAUGGCAGAUAAAAGUGGGUGGCAGGGCAGUCUCAAGUCCAGCUGGCUCGCCAGGAAGCGUCAUCUAAACAAGCACGCGUCGGCACGGUACCGGCGAAAUAAGAAACAGCGGCUCAGCAAGAUCGAACAAGAACUCGCCAAGCUUUCAGCAAGGAAUGCUAAGCUUCAGUUGCAGGUAAAGUCUGCCGAGGCUGAAAUAUCCUUAAUGAAGGGUGUGUUGGUGGAUAUAGGUAGAGCUAAAGCUCCCAUAAAUCUGUACGUCAUCACUUCAUCGAAGGACACGUGAAGUACGUAUAUUUAUAAAUACUUACGCACGAGUGCUUUUUUUAUUGUAACACUUCAGCUCAAUUGAGAUGCCAAUUCAACAGCAAGUGUUGGUCUAUUCCUGUUUAUAUACCUGUUUCUGUUAGUUGCAGCAGCCAGUACUGUGCCAGCUAGUAGUAGUCAAGGGUAUGAAAAAAAAAAAUCAUCUGGGGAGGGAAGGUCGCAGUAGAAAAAGAGUACACUCACCAACUCAAAAUAAAACAUAUGUUGGCAUUUUGGGUGCCUUAAUCGCAAAACGAAAUGCAUAUUGGUGAGUGUAUGCCUUCUUCUACUAUCAGCUAAUAGUGUUCAGUUGAAGCACUAGAACUGGAGUCGUGGUAUGAAGAACCAGCUUGCCUGCUAUGUGACUUGCAGCAGUGCUUAAAGCCUCCCUUCAAUUGAGGGGAAUCUCCCACACAUACUUAUGUAGGCUGCUCAUAUGUAUAUCCGUAUACGUGAUGUAUGUCUUCAUAUGUGUUGAGAUACCUACAUAAGGUACGUAUGUAUGUACUUGUACUAUGUAUUGCUAAUUGCUGGGUGGAAAAAGGCUGGAUCCCCUGGUAGUUGAUGGUGGGGGAGCCGAGCCCUCUCCCACUAUUAACCCCUGAUUUGCAGGUUUUAACGAGGGCACGCUGUCAAGAGGAAAAAAAAAUAAAGAGGUAGAUGCAGGACAAGGGCGAACUCGUAGCUGAAGUUUAUUUACAGCAGACGACAUACAGAGAAACAAGCAAGGUGUGCAGAUCGCACCUUCCUCUCUCCAUGCAUGCUUGCCAAAACCUGCAAGUAUGAGCUAGCCUCGCCUGGCAGCACAUUCCUUUAGCACUACGAAAUUAGUUAUCUUGGCAAAGCAAGCUGUUGGGCGAGUUUGCACACGUUUGUGGAUACGAAAAUACUAACGUGAAGCAGUACAAAAGCUAGGAAAAAGACGGGACAAGUUGUAAGUGAGGAUUUGACCUGUAGUCUGUUUUUGUACUGCUUCGUGGUCAUCUUUUCGUAUUUGCGAUUAUCUUGUAAGUGAGAGAAGCAAAAUUGGUUAUGAGAAUUGAAAAAGAAUGUUCCAUAGAGUGUGCCAGUACCUCGAUGAAUUUGAUGUGGUCAGUGAUGCUAAUGCAACUCACCAGCUACUUCCCAUAGGCUGUUAAUGGGUUCUAGUUUGUUGAGCUCGCAUUGUAUGAACACUUCUCACAGCCUCCCAGAAGUGAUGUUUUAAUGUUUGUAGAUUUGUUGUGGCACUUGAAAAUAUACAUUUGCGUUUUGUCCGUCAGCAUCUGUGCAAGUCAUCUUUACAUGUACCACGACGUACCCUGCACAUUUUAUUGGUGCUGAUUGCACCCCUCCCCUCACCUUUUUUUUUUGCUCAAUAUGUCUAUUUUCGUACACUUCCGUGACAUCCAUGCUAUGUGCAUAAAUGAAAUAAAGGCGUACGCUUGAACAUGUGCUUUAAUUUUGA